UAACCGCCCAACAGUCACCACCAAACAAUAACAAUGGAGGGACCGGCUCGUGAUAUAAGUGAAUUGACGCUCGUUUGCCUAGAGCUGGCAGCUAGAGUGGACGAGGCAUUAACGAGAGAAGAUAAGAUAUCACUCAUCACUCAACAUAUUGUCACAUACACCCAAGAACAGAUACCAAUGGUAGACUUUGAGGCUGGGUUGGAGUGGUUCAAUGUAUCUCGACCCUUGACUCUAGCUAGAGAUUUGAAGGGUCGAAUCACAGUACUAGAUUUCUUCACUUAUUGUUGCGUCAACUGUAUGCACAUAUUGCCAGACCUUGAGGCCCUCGAGAAACUGCAUCCUCCCAAUGAUGGUGAAGUUUUAGUGGUGGGUGUCCACUCUGCCAAGUUCGAAAAUGAACGUGUGUCUUCUAACAUUUUGGCUGCCAUUGAGAAAUACCACAUCCAUCAUCCAGUUGUCAAUGAUCCCCAAGCAAAGAUGUGGGCACAACUGAGCAUUGCAUGUUGGCCUACUCUUCUCAUACUUGGUCCAAAUGGAAACCCAUUGUUUGUGUUAGUUGGUGAGGGACACGGUGAACGGCUUCAACUCUGUGUUGACUCAACAAUUGAACAUUUUUCCAGUUCUGGGUGUCUGACCAAAUCUUCAGUUCCCUUGGCCCCUUCAAGACAAUUUGCAGCAACUGGCUCCAGCCUGCUGUACCCAGGGAAAGUCACAGUCCACCCUGGAGGCCUUGUUGUGUCAGACUCGGGUCACAACCGAAUCUUAAUGACCGAUUAUGAGGGUAAUGUUAUAAAAGUAAUUGGCUCUGGAAAGCAAGGCUUUAGUGAUGGAUCAAUUUCUAAUGCAAGUUUCAACAACCCACAAGGAGUAGCUUAUCAUCACCCAGAUGUCCUCUAUAUUGCCGAUGCUGAUAACCAUGCCAUUCGUCAGGUAGACAUAGUAACAAGUACUGUAAAAACUAUUGCUGGGACUGGCAAACAAGGAAGAGAUCUUGAAGGAGGCCUCAUUGGAACUUCUCAAGCCAUAUCUUCUCCCUGGGAUAUCUGUCUUGCAAGAAGUUUGGAUCAAGCUGAAGAUGGAACUGAUAAUUUACUUCUUGUAGCCAUGGCAGGAUCUCACCAAAUUUGGGGUAUAUUCCUCUCAGAUGGUAAAUGGCUUAAAGGAAGUUCAUACAGUAAGGGCACUGUAGUACGUUUAGCUGGCAGUGGAGCUGAAGAGAACCGAAAUACCUCUUAUCCAACUCGAGCUGGAUUUGCCCAACCCUCAGGACUUGCAAUUGGCACUAAUUCUGGAACAUCGGUGCUUUUUAUUGCCGACUCUGAAAGUUCUUCUGUAAGAAAGAUGAGCUUAACAGAUGGUGCUGUAAAGGCUGUUGUUGGAGCUGCCCGUGAUCCACUUGACCUGUUUGCCUAUGGUGAUAUUGAUGGUAGUGGCACUGAUGCAAAACUGCAACAUCCCCUGGCUGUGGCAGCUGUUGGAGAGGCUGUGUAUGUGGCUGACUCAUACAAUCAUAAGAUAAAGGUAGUGACGCCACUUGGGAAAACGUACAAAAUAUCCACCGUGGCCGGAGGCAAAACUACAGAGGAGAUUGAAAAUAAUGUUGAGAACAAAAAGUUAAAUGAGCCUGGAGGACUUUGUGCAAGCCAAGAUCACUCCCGCCUCUACAUUGCUGACACCAACAAUCAUGCCAUCAAGAUCUUGUCCCUUAAAGACCACUCUUUACAACAUCUUCCUAUAAGAUUGAUAGACGAAGGUGAUAGUUCAAGUCAAGACUUGAGCCAAGAUGUUGAAGAAGUAACAGCUGUAGUCCCACAUGGUAGGAAAGUUGAAGUCAUCCUCAGAAUAAGAACCAACCUCACAGAAGAUACAGUACUUAAUAAAGAAGCUCCAAAUAAGUGGACCAUUGAGACAAGCGAUACACGAGUUGUGUUGACACCAUCAAGCGGUAAACUUCAAGAGGUGACGGAUGUGCCUCUAACUCUUCACCUGGCUUCUGGCACUAUGUCUCAAGUUGAACUAAUGUUAUCCUGUGGAGUGUUUUUGUGUCUUAAAAGUGGCGUUUGUGUUACAAGAAGUGUUAGAUAUAAUGUAAAGCUGAAAAGCACAGAUUCACAAGAGUUGCCUGGAGAAGAUGAAGUUAUUGUCCCUAUAAACGUUUAAAUAGGGCUUCAGGAUUAUGUUUAGAAGUAUAAUUUCCCCGAGAUACUUAAAUUAAUUGAUGCAUUUUUGGAUAAUGUGUGUUUACUUACAGCCUUUACUGGCUUCAGGGCUUCUGUUGCCUUAAAGAAUGGCGUACAGUAUUAGGUAUUUCCAGGACGGGUGCCUUGUGGUUUUCACAGGAUUUUUUUUUAUUUUUAUUUUUUUUAAGCUUUGAAUUCUCUAUUUUAUUCUGAUGAUGUCUGCUUAUUGGCUUGAAACUUUUACACUGAAAUAUGAUGUUAAAUGCAAGUUCCCUGUCAAUAAUGAACCAUGAUGGGCCCUUGUGUCUUUUCACUACGUACAGCCAGUUUUUAUUGUAAGAAUAAUUGUUGACAUUAAAUGGAAACUCAGAAUGUAUGUCUUGGAAGCAUGCUAGUAUCUCAACAUCAACUUACCCACUGCCACAUACCACAUACCACUACCACAUACCACAUACCACUACCACAUACCACAUACCACUACCACAUACCACAUACCACUACCACAUACCACCACCACUACCACAUACCAUCAUCA